UCCUGGAACGCUCCGCGGCCCGGCGCGGCGACGACGCCAUGGACACCGAGUCCCAGUACUCGGGCUAUUCCUGCAAGUCCGGACACUCCCGCAGCUCCCGUCGCCACAGGGAGCGGCGGGACCGCCAUCGGUCCAAGAGCCGGGACGGCGGCCGUGGGGACAAGUCGGUGACCAUCCAGGCCCCGGGGGAGCCACUGCUGGACAAUGAGUCCACCCGGGGGGACGAGCGGGACGACAACUGGGGGGAGACGACGACGGUGGUGACGGGCACGUCGGAGCGCAGCGUGUCCCACGACGACCUCGCCCGCAUCGCCAAGGACCUGGAGGAGGGGGCCCCGCCGGGCUGCGGGCGGCACCUGGGGGCGGCGGCGGGGGCGGGCCUGGCGUUGUUGUCGGCGCUGAGCCCGGUGGCCUUCCUGCUGCUACCGCCCCUGCUCUGGCGGGACCAGCUGGAGCCGUGCGGCUCGGCCUGCGAGGGGCUGCUGCUGGCCGGGGCCUUCAAGCUGCUGCUGCUGGCCCUGGCGGGCUGGGCCCUCUUCCUCCGCCGGCCGCGGGCGGGGCUGCCCCGCGUGCGGGUGCUGCGGGCGCUGCUCAUGGUGCUGGUCUUCCUGCUGGUCGCUUCCUACUGGCUGUUCUACGGGGUGCGGGUGCUGGACGCCCGCGAGCGCAGCUACCGGGCCGUGGUGCAGUUCGCCGGCUCGCUGGUGGACGCUCUGCUCUUCGUGCACUACCUGGCCGUCGUCCUGCUCGAGCUGCGCCAGCUGCAGCCCCACUUCACCCUCAAGGUCGUGCGCUCCACCGACGGGGCCAGCCGCUUCUACAACGUGGGACACCUCAGUAUCCAGCGUGUGGCGGUGUGGGUUCUGGAGAACUACUAUCGGGACUUCCCCGUCUACAACCCGGCCCUGCUCACCCUGCCCAAGGCCGUGCUGGCCAAGAAAGCAUCCGGUUUCAAGGUGUACUCGCUGGGAGAGGAGAGCACGACCAACAACUCGACGGGGCAGUCGCGGGCAGUGAUGGCGGCGGCGGCAGCUCGGCGGCGGGACAACAGCCACAAUGACUUCUAUUAUGAGGAGGCCGAGCACGAGCGACGGGUCCGCAAACGACGGGCAAGACUGGUGGUUGCAGUGGAGGAGGCCUUCACGCAUAUCAAGCGGCUCCAGCAGCAGCAGCAGGAGGAGGGAGGGGGGUGCGGGCCGAAGCCCCCCGCCCCGUCCCCGCGGGAGGUGAUGGACCCGCGGGAGGCGGCCCAGGCCAUCUUCGCCUCCAUGGCCCGGGCCCUGCAGAAGUACCUGCGGACCACCCGCCAGCAGCCCUUCCACAGCAUGGAGAGCAUCCUCCAGCACCUCGAGUUCUGCAUCACCCACGACAUGACCCCCAAGGCGUUUCUGGAGCGCUACCUGGCAGCCGGCCCCACCAUCCAGUACCAGAAGGAGCGCUGGCUGGCCAAGCAGUGGACACUGGUCAGCGAGGAGUCCGUGACCAACGGGCUGCGGGAUGGGGUGGUCUUCCUGUUGAAGCGGCAGGAUUUCAGCCUGGUGGUCAGCACCAAGCGCGUGCCCUUCUUCAAGCUGAGCGAGGAGUUCGUGGACCCAAAGUCCCACAAGUUCGUCAUGAGGCUGCAGUCCGAGACCUCCGUCUGACCUGGCCCGGAGGACCCCUUCCUCAAACCCGGAACUCCACUGAUACUUGAAUAACCAACCCGCCUCUCCCCUGGAAACUUCAAAAACCAAGGUUUCCUAGCUGGCGGGGAGGGGAGAGGGAGUCUGUGUCCCUAGCUCACUGACCCCUACAAUGGGGGAAGGAGACUCCUGGGACCAAGGCCCCCUCACUCUGCACAAGGCACGGACACCUGGAUACCCCCACCCUCCCACUGUGGCCACUGUGGCUUGUCACCCUCCACUGGGGGAUGAGAGAGAAAGAGAGGCGCCCCUCUCCCCAUGUUUGCUCUUCUACAUCAGGGCCUCUGUCCCACCCCCUCCUCCCGCCCCAGGCCAUGGUCUCCUCUCAGUGGGGUGAAACUGGGAGGAAAGAGAAUUCUGCCUCAGCCCCUCCACCCAUCCAUUGUGUUUCCCCCUCCCCCCACCAUGUCUUCCCUCCAUGGCAUCUAAAGGGCUCUCACCUCCUUCCCUGGGGUGUUCACCGCAGCCCCCAAGUCGGUCUGACUCGAAUCCCCCACAUUUCCCCACGUGCCCCCUACCUCCCCCCGGAGAUAGGGCCGAGUGGAGCCCUAACCCAGGCUUGCAGAUUGGACCGACGGAUCCACUGGCCCAGAGGAGCAGACGUCGGCUCCAGCCCCAGAGCUCCCGUCCGUGGCCCAGCUGACCCUCAAUGGGGGUCAAGCCACAAAGAGCCCUCCCCUCUCCCCCUGCCACCUUGGUCCCCACGUCACUCAACCUUUUUGUAAACACCGCGGGGUUUUGGCCGAAGGGCGAUUCCCUGGUGAAGUUGGGCCUUGAGAAGGAGUCUUUUUGGUUUGGUGUGUGUUCUGGGGAGGGGGCUUCCGUCGGGCACUGUCUUAGACACCUGUGACAUUUUUAAUCGCUGUGAUCUGCUCUGUCCUUCAGUGUUAAAAAAGAUGGUUCCGUUUUUGUCCUAUUGACUGUGAAGCACUAAGGCUGAGGAGUGGCGUUAUUUUUGACUGUUGUUACUCUCCUUGGACCCCCAAAUCUCUCGGCCUUUGGAGGUGUGAGCCCUGCCACACGUGGAGCCCCCCAACCGCUUCACAUGGUAGACCCUCGCUGCUCUCUCAUCUGCCAUCACUACGACUCCGCCCCCUCCCCACUCCAAAAUUACAGUGCUCCAUCCUCUACCCCAACCAAAUCUGACAAACAUCUGGGUCUGGGAUUUUUGUUUCCUCUUUCCCUUAUCCCCAGUGGGCCAUGAGGGGGGUGUUGUGUGUGUGUGAGAGUGUGUGUGUGUGAGUGACCCUUGUUGCCUGUCCUCCCCACUCUGUUGUCCCCCAAAUUUCAGGGUAGAUCUUAGCAAGGGGGAGCGGGGCCAUCACACUCAUGGCCCCUCCCUCUCCAACCAGGAACCCCCUUCCCCGCCCCCAAACACGUCUAGGACUUCUGAAUUUCCAGGCCUGGAGCCGAGGCCCCCGUGCAUGCCUGUAGGGACCUGGAACGGGAAAAGCAGCUCGGGAUUUUGUGUGGGGUUUUUUUUUUAUAUGUUGUUGUUUUUUUUUUAAUAUAUUCCAGAAUUGUUUCUACUUUUGCAGUGGGUUGGACCCCUGCGGCGUUAGGGACUUUUCGUGAAUUUAGAAACUAAAACUGUACAAAUGUUUUGUUUUGUUUUUAUAUGAAAAUAAAGCAGUGGACUUUU